AUGUCCAUAAAUACGAAUGUGACGUCGCCCCUCCUUGGUCGCAGCGUCGACUCUGUCUCGCAACUGCAAGUAACUUCUUCUUCUUCCGUCCUGCAACUCUUCUCGCCAAGGUCCGAACUCUUCUCUCUGCCGUCUGAGGUGAACUCUUCUCUCUGCCUUCCGGGGCUGAACUCAUCUGCUUGUUUGGCCUGCAACUUUACUGCCUGUCUGGCCUGCAAUUCUUCUGCUUGUCUGGCCUGCAGCUCUUCUGCCUAUCUGUGCAUCUGCCUAUCUGGCCUGCAAUUCUUCGGCCUUACAUUCCUUUCCCGAUUGCCUAUUCUCAACGACUCAGUACUUUUCUUUUCUCUUUCUUUCGCUUUUUUUUCCUUCCCAGCAUUCUUAUUUUUUUUUUCUGACUCUGCCAAUGUGCGCAGUGAACUCGCUCAUGUGACAAGCACAGAGUCGCCACUACCUUACCCACUUUCACUCUGUCUUAUAUGCUAUUCACAUCUCUCUCUCCCUCUCUCUCUCCAUCUAUCUAUCUAUCUAUCUAUCUAUCUAUCUAUCUUUAGUUCUGAUCAUUAUCUUCAUCUAUCUAUCUAUCUAUCUAUCUAUCUAUCUAUGUCUGUUCUGAUCAUUAUCUAUCUAUCUAUCUAUCUAUCUAUCUCUAGUUCUGAUCAUUAUCUAUCUCUCGAUGUAUCUCUAUUUCUGAUAAUUAUCCCUAUGUCUGCGAGUCUCUAUCUAUCUAUCUAUCUAUCUAUCUAUCUAUCUAUCUAUCUAUCUAUCUAUCUAAUCUGGUCAUUAUCUAUCGAUGUCAAUUUACUGAUAUCUCAUCCUUUCUUUAUUCUUCUAUUGUUUUACCUUUCAUUCAAUCUUCUUCUUUCUUCUUCUUCUUCUUCUUCUUCUUCUUCUUCUUCUUCUCUUCCCCCAGAGAUGCUGCUCGACACGACUGCAAUCUUCCGCCGAACAAAAUACAUUUGGGAUCCUGAUUCCCACUGCCCUCGUUACACAGUCGUUUGUUCAUUCUAUGUAUGUAUGUAUGGCUGUUCAUCUAUCUAUCUAUCUAUCUAUCUAUCUAUCUAUCUAUCUAUCUAUCUAUCUAAGUCAAUUCAUUAUCUAUCUAUGUUUAAUAAACAAUAA